AACGCAGUAGUGUAAAUUAUUGUUUUUUAUUGAAUUUGUUUUCAGAUGAUUUUUUUAAUUCAUGAAAGCAUUGACUUUGAAAUAGUACUUGAAUUGAUGAGAAAUAAUUUUGCUCACUGCUGUUGCGCUGCAUACUAAACAAUAACAGUCUGGCGAUGGCAGUCUCAUUUCGAUAACUAGCUUGCUGCGUUGUUGAUAUUCGAUAAAUGUUUAGGCGGGAAAUUUUAAACUGAUAUAAUUUGUAUUAGUGCAUUUGCUUUUUAUUUUGCCUCUGUAAGGAAAUUAUAAGUUAAAUAUUAUGUUCACGUUUAGCUUGAUAUCAACUAAAUGGUAGGUCAGUUUUUGAAUUUACUGUAAUAUUUUAUAGUGGAAAUGAGUUGCUUUGUUCUACAGCCUUAACCACCUAAUAAACAACAUGUGUAUUUAUUCUUCAUAGAAUGUCUUCUCCCGUUACCAACCCUUUCUUAAUCAUUGUAAUGUAUUCAAUUUUAAAUUGUGAUUAAUAUGCGAAACUUAAUAUUGUGCACCAUAGAGACUCUGGGCGCUCUUGACGCACUCGAUAUCCCGACACGCUCUCCAGCCAUCUUUCACCCCGGCUUCCCGCUCGCCGCUUGUCGCCCACGCUUAGCGCACAGCACAGAACAAAUGUCAUCCAAUUAAUCUUCAUAAGAAAAAGUGAAAUCAAAGACUGAAGGCGAUGUGAUUUCAAUGUGGCCAGCAAACAGGCUGGCAUAGAAUCAUUCAAGCGCUCCAUUCAACAUGUUCUUCUCCAGCGCAAUAAUAUUCCGUUUCAAAAUUGUAACACUUUGCGCUCUUAGUGUUGGUCUAGCACUUACACUAACCCAAUCCGCAUCCGCCGCUAUCGCCGUCUCUGUCACCCCAACAACGUCGCAGGAACAACAACUGCCGCAGCGCAUUUAUGGUUUGCUAGAUAAAUUGUUCACUGGCAGAAAACUGAAUGCGAGUGCCAAGUUUGCAUUGUUGCUUGCCGAAUUUCUGAUAAAACAGAAAAUGCGUUAUGUGGCCCCCACACGAUACGACCGUCAAUUGUAUUACCAUCUGCUGCAUCGCAUGGAUCGUCUAAUGCGGAAUUCAAAUCAAAACAUGAAUCAAUUGGAAAAACAAAUACUGGACAACGCCUUCCAACGUAAUGUGCUGCUUUUGCCACCCAGCCUGAAAUAUGGCGAGUUAAAUGCCAAUGCCGAGUACGAGCAGCUGGCCAUAAAUUAUGACAAUCUGGUUAAUCGGGGUCAACCUAAUAGCACACAAUCGGAUCGCUGCAUGCGUGAUAUAGUUAAUUUGAAUCCCAUUAAGUGCAAGCUCAGCCUGGACUGUCUGCAAGUGUUGACUAGCGAGGCUUCUGCGUAUGGUUAUCAGCGCACUCAUCAGGUUCUACUGCUUUUUAUGCUUUCGCAUCACGCUUGUGCGCCCAUUUUAAGUCCUCCUCAGCUCUAUGAGGAGUUGGCUAAGAGUCACUGCAACGAAAUUUUGAGUGAACAAAAUGCUAUACGUAGCCUGGCCUUGGGAAUGGGCAAGUACAAGGACUUGUAUUUGGAGCAAGCAACAAUCUGUGGUCUGUAUGGUUAUAAUGAGUUUCUCAACUGGCGAAAUGUGAUGGAAAUUGACAGUUGGUUUCCCGAUGAUGACCUCAAUAACGAGCACAUUAACGACUUGGCUCUGGUGUUCUAUAUAAAUGCGCUGCUGCUUCUGCAUUAAACGAUGUUCGUUGCCGACGACGAUGAUGCUGUUUAUGCUUAAUAUGUAUUUUGCUUGCUAACUGUUGCUUCUUCUCUCGCUAUCUUCCUCUCUCCCAUACUUGCUAAAUGCUUUAUAACGGAAUAAAGUGCGGCUUUAUUGCUUGACAGCUUUGCUAUGUCGAGUGGGAGUGAGAAAGAGUUGUAUGUGCGUUGUAUGCUACUUAAUAUUGGGGGAGUGAGUGAGACAGUAGUUAAUACUUUUGUUAUUGAACAGCGUGAGAAUGCAUGCGGUUGGUUGGUUGGAAAGGGAAGAGGGGGAUGGCGUGUCAGGUGCUUGUCAAGCAGACGCCAUUUGUAAUGUGACACAUUAGUUGCGCCUGGCUGCCUGGUUGAUGGAUGCGACGACAGCGAAGAAAGAGGAAGAGCAGGAAGACGACAACAACACUUUCCAUUACAAAAUGUGCUCGCAUUGAAGUGGAAUACUAAUAUUUGCCCUGACAUACUCGAGAAACAUGCCAACAUGGAAGCCAGUCAUGAGCUAUAGCUCCAGCUCCAGCUGCAUGUUCAGGAUUCAGACUGAGCCUGGGGUCGGGUUGUGUCGGGUCGGGAUAUUAAUGCCUCAUUUGCUGCAAGUUCCUGUUGUUGGGCUUUGAACUGCACCCACUAAGCUGCCUUGCACAAAAGAGACCAACAAAAUCACACACACACAGACUUACACUCGAUGAUAUCCAUGUCAGAGACCGGCCCUUUGCUCUGGUAAAUGCAAAAGGCAAAAAGGACUUAGAGGCGCAUUGUCGAGGGCCAUGAAUAGCUCUGGUCAUUAGCAAAGUUGACUGUCAGUGCAACAACAGCAACAGUCUGUUGUUGACUGCUAGAUACCCGUCACCCAUGUUAAACAAGAUAAUUAGGGUGAUCAAAGCAACUGAAUAUUUAUUAACAAUAAAUGUUAAAGGAAUAUAUUAAGAUAAAUCACUCUUUAUUGUAACUCGUCUGUUAUACCCUUUUUGUCUUCAAAUACCGGAUACAGUCACCAACAAUUGCUGCUCCCCCAAAAAGAAACUCCAACUUAUGCACAUGGUCAAGCCAAGUCUCAGUUACACAGUUACAUGGCCCCACAGGAGCUGAGGAAGAAGCAGAAGUAGCAGCAGCAGGAGUUGCGACUUGUCUAUUAUUUCGUUUUCAUUUCUUCUGUCACUUUCUGUCAUCAGCACCCCUGGGGCAACAAGACCAACAAUUACAACCCUUGCAACCUGAUCAGCUGUCGUUUGCUGACUUACAGCCUGCCCACUGCCCUUCAUUUCUCGUCACGUCCUACACCUCGUCUUGAUGUUGUUUGUUUUUACUUCUGCUGUUGCUAUUGUUGUUGUUAUUGUCCAUGCGUGUCGUUGAGUUCAUUAUGGGCUUACGCAAAUCUAGCGGUGUGUGGGUGUCUGCGAGUGUGUGUGUGUGUCACACUCUCAAGUGUCGGUCGCCUCUGUAGGUGUUUAUUGUGAUGUUAAGUUGCUGGUAAACAGCAACAACAAACUGUUGUUUAACAGAGCGCCAUAAUCGGCUGCUGUUGACAGCUUGGCUCUCCGCUCUCUCUCUAUCUCUCUAUGUGCUGUUGUUGUAACUUGAGCCCAGAAUGUUUUGCAUGUUUCAAUUCCUUGUGUUUCUCGCAUGCGCCCAAACAAAAAGCGCUCUCUGAGCAUUGGUUGUGGGUGUUUUGGGGGAGGAAUAAGA